AUGCAGCCACUGUCUCCGGCGCAAACACAAAUGCAACAGCGGCAGGUGUUUGUGCCCCCCCCUCCGAAUUAUCAUCCUGCUCGCAUGUAUUCGUACGAGUUGAUCCGGUACGUAAACCUCUACAACAGCCUUAUGAAUUCUGGUUCCACAUAUGCCGCCACCGGCUCAACAGGUUAUCCCGGAAUCCAACGGUAUGCCCUUUCAACCACGUGUGAUUUCGGUUACCUCAGUCAACAAUGUAUGUACUCUGGAUCGGGCGUAGCACGCCAACUGGUCAACCCAAAACGCAAUCCUCGCUGGUAUCCCGUUCCGAUCCCAAUCACGGCAACGCAUCUACCUUACUCCACUGUUCCACUGCCUUCGAUGCUGCCCCGACCGCGAACAUUACGUAUCUACUACGAACUUUUAUGA